UGUGACAGCUUUGGCUUUGCGUUCGAUGGUGUCUGAACUACUCCCAAAGGGAAGGGAAACUGCAAUUUCUUCAUUCCCCACUGGUAUAUCGUUGAUCCAGCUAGCAAGCGAACGCUUCAAGUUAAAUCCAGUAUUUUAAGAGUUCUGGGUUGAUGUUCCAUAUCCACUUUCCCACUCGAAGAACCGCCGUUCGAUACAUUUCGAAGAAUAAUAUUAUCUUAGUCCGACUGAACAAAACAAGUUGAAGUGCAAAGUUAAUAGUUACAUUUCUGUUGAUUUGCUAGCUUGCAUUGCUAGGGAAAGCUAAGGUUAGCUACGAUAUUUAGUUUUCUCAGAUUUAAAAGGGCGGGUAUUAUUUUUAGCCAUCAACAGUUUGUUAUUGCUCAUUCGAAGACGCCGGCUAAUUAGUUAAUCAUAGCUAACUCGUAACUAGCUGCUUUAAUACUGUGCGUAUUCAUCCUGGAAGCCAGUUCAAGGCCUUGCUUACCACCAGUCUGCAUCGCCGUGCAGUGAGAGCUGAAAGCUUACUUGGUGACAAAGAGACUUCUCCCUGAGGAGCCAAGAAGUAGACGGCUCAUGACUUCUGACCAGGAUACAAAAGUUGUAGCUGAACCACAGGUGCAGCAAGUACAAGAACCAAAAGAGAGCUCUCAUCUGGAAUCUGCCAAGGUUUCUGACCUGAACCCCAAUGCGAAAGCAUGGGCCAAUCACAUGCUUAACCUGGACACCACCACUGGGACUGCGGAUACACCUGCUUUCCAGCCAUGGAAGGACGGCUGUGUUAGCAGCUCCGCUGACCCUGGGCCAGAAGGCUGUGAAGCCAGCGAAGACGACGUGUUUGAAGGGACCCUACUAGCUGACCCAGAUGAGCCGGUGGCGGUGUUACUGGCAGAGCCAGCUCCCAUGGCUGCCACUGUCACCCUGGAGGGCUCCGACCCUGCUGAAUACCCAGAGUCUGGCCAGGAGGAAACUCGCACAGGCAGUGAGACCCAGCAGGAGAGCCCUCAGGAGGACCUCCGGGAACACCUGAAGAAGACCCUGGAGUUCUGUCUUUCCCGAGAGAAUCUGUCCAGCGACAUGUAUCUUAUCUCUCAGAUGGAUAGUGACCAAUAUGUGCCAAUCGUGACGGUAGCUAACCUGGACCACGUCAAGAAACUCAGCACGGAUGUGGAGUUGAUUGUCGAUAUCCUACGGUCUCUGCCGUUGGUCCAGGUGGAUGAGAAGGGGGAGAAGGUGAGACCCAACCAGAACCGCUGCAUUGUCAUCCUCAGAGAGGUCCCUGAGAGCACUCCCAUAGAGGAGGUCGAGGCUCUUUUUAAAGGAGAGAACUUACCUAAAUUCAUCAAUUCUGAGUUUGCCUACAACGACAACUGGUUCAUCACCUUUGAAUCGGAAGCAGAUGCACAACAGGCAUAUCAGUAUCUUCGUGAAGAAGUGAAAACCUUCCAAGGGAAGCCUAUUAAGGCACGGAUUAAGGCGAAGGCAAUCGCUAUCAACACUUUUAUGCCAAAGAAUGGCUACCGCCCGGUGGAGGUUCACCCUUACGCUCAGCAGCAACAACGUUACACCUCCUACUACAUACCUCCAGUGUACAGCCCUCAGCAGCAGUUCCCCCUCUACAGCCUCAUCACUCCACAGGCCUGGCCAGCCACCCACAGCUUCAUAGACCCUUCGCUGGUUACCCAAUUUCACAACACUCAAUUUAUCAAUGGAUUUACAACAUCCCAUAGUUUUAAACCAGCGACGUCUCCUCUUGCUGGUGUUAGGCACUACUCUCCCAGGAACAGGAAUCACACUCACAGUAAACCUCACCUGAGGCCCACAAUACCCAACAUGGAUCAGCGCGGCACAGGGCUCCUGGACAGCCCCACCAUCUUCAACUUCCCCACGGAGCGAAUUCUGAACGGGGUACCGCGGGGUUCCCCCCAAAUGACGCGCCUCCCGAGCCAGAAUAGAACCAGGUUACCCCCCUCCACCAUGACCUACCCCAGGAGAGACAUCAGUACAGGUCGUGUAGAGCCCGUCAGCACUGACUACUCACUGGGCAUGGGCCGGGGAAGGAAAAAGAGGGACGACAACAAGUUUACAAGAAUGGCUACCCAGUCGCCACCCCCUCCUCAGAAGCCCCCGUCCCCCAGUUUUGAGCUGGGGCUCUCCAGCUUCCCGCCUCUGCCUGGGGCCGCAGGCCACCUCAAAACCCCUGAUGACAUGUUUGAGAACAGACUGGCCAGCAUGGUAUUAGGAGCCACAGAGGACAGGAAUGUAAGCGUUGAUGCCAGCUCUGCAGGUGCCCUCCCCUCAGGAGGACCCAAGGAGCCACUAAGGACGGUCACUUCUCCACAGCCCCCGAACCUCCAGCCCACUGCUCCCCUGAACCCAGGACCAGCCUCUGGCCCUGUCCGUGUUUCCUCCAAACCUGCAGAGGAAGUGAAGGUUCUGGAGGUCAAUCAGGAGACUCAGGUCUCUAUGGAGCGCAUCACUACUGCUCUGUACACCGCUAGCAAAUCUGUUCAAGUCAAUGGUACUGCUACAGAACUGCGAAAGCCCUCUUACGCUGAGAUCUGCCAGAGGAUUAAAGACCACGCUCCGAUACUACAGGCCCCUAAAGAGGCCAAACCAGCCAGCAGCGCUGCCUCCGCAGGAGAGGAGAAGAAGUGCACUGACGCAGCCCCAGGGGACAGGGGUGAGCCAAAGGUCACCCGAGAGACAUACCCAUGCUCCUCCAAGUCUGCCACCCUCGGCAGACCCCGAGAGGUCCGGAGACCGACCGGCCGGUGGACUUCACCACCCCCCCACCACCCAGGGAAGGGUGCCAGCAGCAAAGAUCUCAACACUCCCCCAAAGUCCCCGCAGUAACCCCCCCCCACUGCAAUCAAGUCAAUUUCAAAACAAAAAUGUGAGAGUGAAAGAAAUCUGAAAAAGUCAGGGCUAUUCAAAUACAACCUAUUCCAAAAUCACCAGUCAUUCAUAGCAUAGAGAGGAUGCCUUUCUGGAUCAGGGCUUUCAGACAAUAGCACUUUAGUGUGCAUAUAGAGCACCGUUAAUCAUUUUUACUUAUUUAUUUUUGGAGGGUUUCUUUUUUUUAACAUUUUUGUUAAUCUGAACAGGUACUCCUGUUCAGAUUAGUGGGAUAAAUUCAUAUGUCCAAAGUAUUGUGAGGUCAUCAGUGGAAGCCAACAACGGGUGAAUGAAAGGAAGCAGAUGAGGAACAGAGUAGCUGUUGCCAUGUCAUUUGUUGUGACUGUGAGGGGGUGUCUGUAUGUCUUGUAUGCAGUCCUGUUAAGUGGUGAUGUGAUUUCAUUGCAUGGUGUGACGAUCACCAUAUCAGUCAGACAAGAUGGCUGUGCCCCAAAUGGUUAUCUAUGUAGUGCACUACUUUCGAUCAAAAGUAGUGCACUACAUAUGGAAUAAGGUACCAUUAGGGACUUAACUAUGAUGUGUUUUACAUAUUUGUGUUCAUAUUCAAGGUCAACUAGUCCAGGCUCAUUUUACGGACUUAACUAAAAUCCUCAGAAGAUGACUUACUUUCUGAGGGACUUCACCACCGGUGUCAUUUAUCAAAACUAGAUUACCUUUUUGCCAACACGGAACACUUUAUCUCGUUAGAACACCAGCAUUUGAGGAGAAUACAUUUAUUUGCAUACUGGUUUUGAUCGUUGGUACAAGUACUACUUGUUGCGUGCUGGUGGUUUUGAGAGCGCCUUAGACUUUCUUUAUCUGGUAUUUCUUGUGGUAAAGAACUACAUUUAGUUGUUUUCUGUUGUCCAAUGCAGAAGUCUGUUUCCUAGCCGUGUAAAGCACAUUGCUAGUUAGUCCUCGUAGAGAGCCACUAUCAGGGUCAGUAGAAAUCUACAUGCAUUUUGAUCUUGGAAAAAGCAGAUGAGGGUCGUUCCAGCAAUUCGGUGCCUUUUUGAGAUGUGUAACUUGGUCCAAUUUAAUUUCUUCACUUUAUUUUUACUUUCUGUCAUAAAGAGCACGUAAAACUUAAUUGACACGUUUUCCCAUCUCAGCGUUAAAUAAAAAAUUACUAUAGUAAGUGACAAAAUAAGUUACACGGUUGACUGUCGCAGGGUUGACAAUUUCAUCUUAGAUCAGCCGUGAAUCCCAUAUUGAAAGAUGGAAUGGAAGUUUGUUGUGUGUAACAGGGAGUGGCAAUUAAUUGGCACCUUCACAAGCAUUUUUAAGUUAACAUUUCUAGCCUGUCUAUCUAUGGGUAACAGGGUUGACGUGUUAUGCUUGACUCGCACAGUUUUCUACCACAAAACACCAGAAAAUGGCAAAAGAGUAGAACCAGGUCACCUGCUUUUACACUAUGAUUUGACUAGAUGUUCAUGUUUCUUUUGGAGAAAAACAUAUUUAAAAAGGAAUAGUUUAACUAUAUUAAAAUGAUAGUUUAGUUCACGUAACAGGUUUGACCUUUAAAUUGAGGGACACAUAAAAUCACAAAUAAAAAAUGAUCUUCAGAUAUGACUGUCAAUGCAACAAAUUAACUAGGGCUUUACAAUGAUAGGUUAAAAUAUUCCUCGAAGUCACGGAGGGAUUUUGAAUUUAGGCACUUUAACAAGUCUUCAUUCAUAUAAAGAAUUUGAUUUAUUGAAUUCCCAUGUGGUCUAUAUUAAAAGGCACUUCAUUUAAUAUAACACACUUUUAAAAUUCAAUAUUAGUGCACCAUUUAUACUUUAAAUAUCAAAGGGGUCCAAAAGUUAAUCAUUUCGUGGAACGACCCAUAAAUUCAUCACAUGGUGUCGAUUGGUGCCUCUUGUGGACUAUUUUCUUUCUUUACUAUUUUGCUGUGAAACAAGCAUGUCAGACUAGUUCAGCGGGCACGUACGUUGGCAAUGGAUAGGCUACAGUGGAGGCUGCUCCGUGGAGGAUGACUCAUAAUAAUGGCUGGAACGGUGCGAAUGGAAUCAAACACUUAGAAACCAUGUGUUUUGAUCUAUUUGACACCGUUCCACUCCAGCCAUUAACACGAGCCCGUUCUCCCCAAUUGAGGUGCCACCAACCUCCUGUGCUCAGCUACUAGGAGUCGGCAGUAGGGUUUUGGCAGGGUGUAGUGACUUCAUUCAAACAGUGGGAUGUUUUAUUUUAGAUAGCUAUGGAGCUAGCUAGAGGAUGAACCUGGUACUUGCUACUUCAAAUAAUCUGGUACUGUACUUAGAUAAUAAUACUUGAUACAUGUUGUCAACUAAACUUUGCACUUUGUUUUGUUUCUGGAUUAAUUAAGAAAUCCAUAUUUUACCUACAUACAGAAGCAAAAGGGAACCUAAUAUGGAAAGGUCUGAUGGUCACAUAAGUAAGCCCUUUACAAUUUCAGCUAUACAACCAAUAGAUUUUCCCCCUAAAGAAUGAACUGUCUUCUUGCCAUUUGACUUGUGCAUUAUUAUUAUGUUGUGACAGGAUGAUCAGCUUUCAGAAUCUCUCAAAUGUUGACUAAUUGUAUUAACCUCUAUGGUGAUAAAUUCACACACGAGUUAAACUUUUUUGUUUAAUGCCAUGUAAAUGCCUAUAAGACAUACUUCCGUGCAUGCUGAGAAUAACAACUUUAGGCUUGGUAUAGUCAUUUUAUUUUGUGCACACAACCUAUGGAGUCACACUAAUUUUAUUUUAUUGUUUUGCUUUUGAGGUAGUCAUUUGUGAAACCACUGGUGCGUGGUGUUUUUUGAAGCUGUUUUAGCUUCUUAUUCAGUAUUACAGUAGUUAAUUGUAAUGUGGGUGUACACCUUAGAGAAUGUGUACACCUGGUGGCUCAAAUGGGAAAAUUAAGUGGAAUUGGUUAAAAGGAAGAAGUACGAUAUUCUUUCCACUACAAAUGUUAUAUUUGAAGGUAAACCAUAAUGCAGCCAUUUUAGAAAUAAGGUAUUGCUUUAUUCAUUGGUGACAGUCAAAAGAGUAGUAAACUGGACCCUGUGAGAAUGCAGUGAAUGAAUGACCUUUGACCUUUUUUGCAUACUGUGAACCUGAGCAGCUUAUAGAUGAGUCCUUUCAGUUUGGGCAAGAAAAUGUUGGGCAGAGGGGGCAGCACUCUUGGGUCAUUCCAACUCCUUCCCCCUCACAUACAGUAGAAGUGCCCCUGUUCACUGUAGGACUCUAUUUAUUUUUGGCAUGCUUUUUCUCUUUUUAGAAUGCCUUCUGUAGAUUUCUCCUGGCUCUCCAUACAAAAACCAUAUAGCUUCCAAAUUCCCCUCUGUACUCUGCAUAAAUGUAUAAGUAGAAAAAAAUAACUCAUACAUAAGUGGAACUUGUGCACUUCUUUAGUGUCUCAUUGACGUCUUCCUGCAACAAGGAGUUGAAUACUCUGCUUAGAUAAGAGGACUCAUUUUGGAGAGGAGACAUUGCCUAAGUCACAGAAUGGCCUGUACUGAUAGUCAUUGCUGCUUUUGAUUUUGAUGCGUUUGAUUUUGGUUUGAAGAAAAAAAACAUCCGUUAGAGUUUGAUUUUGAAAGACUGGGAUGCACUUGGGUGGACAGUCUUUUUAUUUAUUUAAAAAAAAUCUGAGCUGGUAUAAAAGACAUGAUGCACCAUAUCUGCUUAUUUAUAAACCAAUGCUGUUUAUUCCAUGAGAGAGCAUAAUUUUUUUUAAUUUUAAGAAGAAAUAUACAAUAUACAACUGUAUAUUUUCCAUCCAGUGUUUGAAAAACUUGAAUUUUAUUUAAACUUGAAAAUGACUUUGCCUUAACUUUUAUAUGAGACAAUGUAGAGUUUAUUUCUUUUCAAACCCCAAAAUGUUACUAAGGGUAACACAUCUAAAUGUUUAGUCAUACCAAACAUCACAGGUCUUACUAGGUCUUAAAGGACAAAUCUAGCAGCAUUCUUUGGGAGGGGUGGGUGUAAAAUUGUAAGAAAAUAAUCUAAUUUGAUUAACCUUGUUUCUACUUCCUAUUUUCAGUUUGUUUUGGGGAAAUAUAAAUCCUGUAAAUGCAAAAUAGUAAAUACUGUAUCAAAUAUGUGCACUUUGAAGUGUGUGCUUUGCUUGUACAAUUGUAAAUAAUCUGAAAAAUAUAGAGGUACCUUAACAUGAUUUAAAAAAUAUAUAUUGAUCUUGUUGAAAUAUUAAUGUGGCUUUUUGAGCUGGAUGUAGGAUAAAAACUAAAUGUUGUGAUUUGAAUUUGGGGGGGGAAAGUAUUCAUUUUUUUUUCUUUUUUUCUAUUCUGGUGUGAAGAAUUGCGUCUCCCUCACUUUGCGACAGGGAAGGUUGUCUGAUUGUAACUUUUUAUAUGUCAUUCUCAUUCCAUGUCCUUGUUGUGUUUUUCAACCCCUGGUAGACAAUGUUUUCUGUUGGCCAGCCUCUUCACUGUGCACAGUGAGAAAAGGGAAGAACCUACCUGUCGUACAAACACAAAUCCUUAAAUGAAAGCACAGUCAGUACUAUUAUCUGACGGACUGUGCUUAUAGCAGUCUGUGUGAUUUAGCCCAUACAAGAAUUCUUUAUCACAGUAAAGCACAUUUUUAAGCACAGGAACAUCAAAUCUUUCACACACAACCAAUUUCAAGUCCAUAGCAGCAUACUGUAUAAUUCCAACAGACAAAAACCUUACAUGUUUGGGGUGAAGGUGAUUUAAGCAUUGUUGAUAUUCUGUUUUGUUUUUCUUUUUUGAAGGUUUGUUUUUCAUGAAGAUGUACGUCAACUGAACUUUCGUAGCCCCCAGCACUAAACUUCACAAAUAAAAAUUCCAUUGGUAGGCUUUUACCAGUGUUUAGACUCAAGUAUAAUAGUGUAGAUAUUUGUACACAUUUCAGCAAGAAAAUUAGUUUUCUGGCACAUACUGUAUAACAUAUACUGUGCAUUGUCUUUUUAUCAGUUGAUCACACAUGUGGACUGCAUUUAUCUGUGCCAUUGAUUUGUUUCAACCUGGCAGUUUUUGACUUGUACUUUAAUUAAACACUUGACAUUAUAUUUGUUACUGAGGAAGUGUAGCUGGUCUGGAAACUAUAACUGGGAAUAAUAAUCUGAUACCACUGACAUUAGACACAGUACUCAUAGCAACCCGCAUCUGAUCUGGCUAAUGAAGUAUAGGUAUGUACAUUUUAAGCUAGUCUAUACUAGUCUAUGCUAGUAGGCCUUUCUAAUGCAAAAUGCUAAUACUUUUGUCUUUGCAGAUUGUUAUCGGGCUGGGCACUGAGUUUGUUUGAGAAAGUGUUUGUUUGCGGGAAGUUAACCAAACACGAAUGCAAAAUUGACUGACGGUUGAAGUAAAGUAAACCAAAGGGUGAUUAGCCAGCCAGGUGUGUGCAGCAUGAUUCUGUUAUUGGUUUCUCUCCUGAAGAUGAUGGCACAGUUUACAGUACGAAAGUGUUUAACUUUUUCUUCUUUUGCGCACACUACUAAAGCCCUGUUGUAAUGUUCGGGCUGUUCUUGUGUUACUGUGCACAGACAGUGUGUCUCAUAUCAAGCGGUCUCGUUCUCCCUGCUCAGUUCGCUUCUUUCUGUUACGUCUCACCAGUUUGAAAGUGCCAUGUAUUUUUUGCAAAGGUUGCAGCUUGUUGUAAAUUUACUGUGUAAAGUGAUGUUAUAAUGCACCAACUGACUGGAAUGAGACUAUCCAAUUGUCUCACUAUCAAAUCACUGUGUUCAAUUAACUCAUUUUUACGCUAACAGCAGUGGACAAUCGAUGACUUGAUGGGGAGAAUAACCUAACGGUAACAUUUGUUCAUCGAGGUUUCUUUGAGGGCUUUUGAUUUUUGUCUUAACUUUUCUUCCAUUUAAGACUGGAAUCAAGUGUACAUGUCAACUAUCGAUAAUUUAAGUUUCUCUUGUGUAAUGAUGUAAAACUGUCUAAUUUGGAGAGAAAAAAAUGUAGCUUAUUGAAAAAUAAAGAUUUAGGCACUGUUAA